GGAGUGGGAGGAACAUCUCUGCUGCGAUCCUUCUUGCUUUGUUACGUCUGGGAAGCCAUUUUGGAAUUCUGCUUGUAGUGCCUGAUAAUUACGUACACAUACACACUGUCAACUUGCAAACUUUUGUGUAUGUUCACGGAUAAAUAUUAUUUUGUUAUCUGGGUUAGGAUCAUCGAACGCACCAUACCUGGAAUAGACGCCUCGACAUGCGGUGUGAAGUUAACGCAUCUUGCAAGACAGAAAUGUGUGGAUCUUUUUCAACUGGAUUACGCUCAUAAGAAUAACAGAUGGGCUCUUAUCUGACGGUCUGAUCGGAGAAUGACCAUGGAUUUCUCUCGCCUACACACAUACACUCCUCCACAGUGUGCUCCAGAGAACACAGGAUAUACCUACUCCCUCAGCUCCAGCUACUCGACUGUGGCCCUAGAGUUUGAGAAGGUGCAUCAGAUCGCUCCCGUGUUCAACUCACCCAGGAUGUCGCGCCGGAGCCUGCGUCUGCAGACCACUGGCGGUCUCUAUGGCAACGACAGCCUGGCUGACUUCUCCUCCCAGAACCACAGCAGUGGAGGGUCCAGUCAGAGAGAGUCAUGGAUGGUGAGGAGCAGAAAGCAUCAGCAGCAGUCUGCCUCCAGCUCCCUGUCCCUGAACCAGUCUCUGUCCCUGAACCAGACGCCACGCAAGACCCUCUCCUUCUCCACUACCAACACUCCCUCUACGGGCUGCACCACUGCCAGCGAUGCCUCCCUGCUAUCCUCCAUCCUGGACCAGUCCAGCCUCCGCCAGCGAUCCACCACCACUACUACCACAGACGGCUACUGGGGUUCAGAUCAGGAUACCAGUCUGAAAGGGAGGAGUUCAAGGACGGACCACAGCUCAACGGGUGCGAACGGCGGCGUCAACACGGUGUCGCACAGCCACGCCAUGGUCGCCAACGGUUACAUCUGUAAAGACUGUUCCAUACACUCUGAGAGAAAAGAAGCUCUCACCACAUACUCCUCCUCUUCCUCGUCUCAGGCUGCCUCUGCUGCAGCAGCUGCCGCCACCUUCUCCUCUUCCUCGUCUCAGGCUGCCUCUGCAGCUGCCGCCGCCCUUUCAUCCUCUUCCUCGUCUCAGGCUGCCUCUGCUGCAGUAGCUGCUGCCGCCAUCUCAUCAUCAUCAGCCUCAUCCAGUUUAUACAGCACGGUCAAGAGUCAGAGGAGCAAGACAGGUCUCCUGGUGUCAGUCUCUAACACGUGUGUCCACUACAGCAGACGAGCCCUGACCCCCAUAGUGUCCCUGAUGACACUGCUCUUCCAGAAUGUUCUGUGGCUGGGCACAAGAGCCAGGAGCCACUCAGGCAAAGGUGUCCUGGCGUCCCUCUUAGACAGGGCCAGAUGGGCUGUCUCCUCCAGCGCGUCCCGUGUCUCUUGGCUCUUUAAGCAGACCACUCUCCACAGGAUGAUGGGCUACAGGGCCAACGGCUAUGAAGGCAAAGCUCACUCCAGUUACUGUGGGAGCAUGAAUGUAAAAGACCACGUGAUAGGAGACGGGCACCACCACUUUUUGAAUGGCUCGUUGUGUGACGACUGUAAAGGGAAGCAGCACCUGGAGACCAACACACUGGUCCACAGUCACACACAGACCUCCAGAACUCACCGUCUACUGGGGGGUCUGUGGACCCUUAUAGCUUACACAGGCUACUGUCUGCUCCAGCCAGGUUACUAUGUAGUGAGGGCAGGCCUGGCGCUGGGGUCAGCAGUACGCUCAGUGUCUCAGAGACUGCUGUCAGUGCUGUGUCUAGUCCUGGGAGCUCCAGGUAAAGCAGCCAGGCGGUUGUUGUGGUGUCUGGGGACAGGCUGGUACCAGCUGGUGUCUCUCAUGUCUCUGUUCAACGUCUUCUUCCUGACCCGGUGCCUGCCCAGAAUGUGGAAGCUCCUCCUCUUCCUCCUUCCCUUCCUGCUAUUCCUGUGGUUGUGGUUCUGGGGUCCGUCCAGUUUCCUCUCCUACCUUCCAGCCAUAAACCUGACAGAGUGGCGCUCCAGAGUGGUGUCCCCCUUCACCCUCUCAUCGUUUAUCCUGACCCCUGCCCUUGUUCCCACCCCCGCCACACCACUGGAGCAGACCCCCACAGCAACCCCCAGCCCACAGGCACAGCCAGUCCUUCCCCCCAUAGUCACCGUGGACACAGAGGGCCUGGAGCGUCUGCAGCGGGUAGAGCAUGGUCUGACCCUGCUGUGGGAGCGGGUGCAGCAGGGGGACCAGAGGCAGGAGCAGCAUCACGGGGACACCCUGGCCCAGUACACCCUCCUGAGGGAGCAGCUGGACAGCCAGACGGACAGAGACAGCCUGGGUCUCUGGGUCUCUGGCUUGCUGGAGCACAGGAUCACCCUGCUGAGAGGAGAGCUGGAGCAGCAGGAGGCCUCACACAGGGCACAGACUGAAGAGCAGAGGGUUCAGCAGCAGCAGAGUCAGGAGACACGGCUAGCUGAGCUGGAGGGGCUGCUGCAGGUCCUCGCUACUAAAACUGAGGCGGUGCAACAGAAACAGCGGAAGGAGGAGACAGAGGAGACAGCCACACCAGCCCCUGCCUCUGUCCCUGUCAGUGUGGGUGUGGACCCGGAGGCCCCUGCUGCUUUGCUGGCGGAGGUGCAGAGGCUGGAGAGGGAGCUGGGUCGGAUCAGGGGCGACCUGCAGGGGGUGAUGGGAUGUCAGGGGAAAUGUGAGCAGCUGAACACAAUCCAGGAAACGGUGUCCACCCAGGUGUCCGCCCAGGUGAGGCGGGAGCUGCAGGCCCUGUUCUACGGCUCUGACGACCAGACCCACCAGGGAGAACCAGACAUCCCAGAGGGACUCCUCCAGUGGCUGUCGUUGCGCUACGUGAGUGGGGCCGACCUGCAGACCCUCCUGACCAACCUGGAGCUCAGCAUCCUGAGGAACGUGUCGCUGCAGCUGGAGCAGAGCAGGGCCGAGGCCCGGACGGAGGCUGAGGCCAGGGCUGCAGUCAUCAUCACCCAGACCCAGGCUAUUACACACAGUGUCCAACACACCGCCGUGGGCGAGGGACUGUCUGAGGAGCAAGUGCAGCUGAUCGUCCAGAAUGCCCUGAAACUCUACUCCCAGGAUAGGACGGGCCUAGUGGACUACGCCCUGGAGUCUGGAGGCGGUAGCAUCCUAAGCACGCGCUGCUCUGAGACGUACGAGACAAAGACGGCCCUCAUGAGUCUGUUCAGCGUGCCCCUCUGGUACUUCUCCCAGUCGCCCCGCGUCGCCAUCCAGCCUGAUGUGUAUCCAGGGAACUGCUGGGCGUUUAAAGGUUCUCAUGGUUACCUGGUCAUCCGGUUGUCCCUGAGGAUCCUCCCCACAGCCUUCUGUCUGGAGCACAUCCCCAAGGCCCUGUCCCCUACCGGCAACAUCACCAGUGCCCCGCGCAACUUCACUGUCUACGGUCUGGAUGAUGAGUAUCAGGAGGAGGGAAAGCUGUUGGGUCAAUACACCUACCAGGAGGACGGAGACUCAAUGCAGAACUUCCCUGUCAUGGAGAAGAACGAAAGGGCCUUCCAGAUCAUCGAGGUGCGGGUGCUGACCAACUGGGGUCACCCCGGGUACACCUGCCUCUACCGCUUCAGAGUCCACGGAGAACCACGCAUCCAGUGAGGGAGGAUGGCAGCCAUUUGAACUGCCAGUCAGGAUGUUAUUUCUCUGCUAUCUCUAUAUAAUACAGGACAUAGGUUUCUACAUGGAGGAAAACCCAGACUGAUAUCAACCAGUGACUUCAGAAGUAUGGGGUUGGGUGUUUGAUUUAUGCUAGAAUGUGUCCAAGGGGGGUUUUGUUUUAGUACUGAAAUGGUAAAAGAAUGAAAGAAUGGACUGUAAUGAAAUGUCAGGGAAUGUGAAAGAGAAGAGUGAAGGUAGGAGAAGCUCGGUCCCAGUCCCUCCUCCUUAAACCUGCUCUUGCACUGAAUUAGCCCUCCAGGUCAUAACCCUUUGGGUUUUGGAGGAGCGUUUUCCUCUGCCGCUCUCACUCAACCACAGGAGCCUGUGACCUCGAGAUGAAACGGACUACACACAUCUUUUUAUUUCCUUACACAUCCUGUCUGAUUUGGUUGGUGUUAUAAUCAGGUUUUAUUUUGAAUUGGAUGUUUCUUUGAAAACCCCUUGUGGAUUCUGAUGGAAUUUCAGGAUCAAAGCCACAGAACUGGAUCAAAGCCACAGAACUGGGCCUAAAUGACAUUUUAUAUAGGCCUCACACACACUGGGCCUACAUGACACUGUGUAGGCCUCUUCUCUUGAUACAAAGCUACUUCUCUCUGCUGCUGUUGGUUGGUCAGUCUGCAGGGCCAGCUAAUGUAGUCAGUGGACACUCGCAGGACACAGACAGGACUACUACCGUUCUUUGGACUCUACAACACUCCCGUUCGCCAUGAAUUUAUGCAUCCACACAGCCAUCAAAACUAAGCUCUAUCUCUCUCCUAUAGAAAAGGUUACACACAUGGACAGACUUAAUGAGUUGAUACAUGUGUAUCUCAAGUUAAGAUUUGGUCUUGAAGCUCUGUGGAGUCCAGACUGGAGUGUUAAUGAGAGUGAGACUGACAGCCAAUGGUUUGGCUUUGUCUAGUGCAGCGAGCCAAUGGUUUGUCAUUAUAACAUCCUCUACUAGAGCUUCUACUCCGGAAAAGGGGAUCCUUGGGAUGUCCCAACUCUGACAUCACCCCAUUGAAGUUGAGGUUAGGGUUAGGAUAGAGGUUAGAGUUUAGGGUAGGGCCAUCCCAAGGAUCCCGGAUAGCGCAUAAUCCCUUCUACUCCCUGCAGGAAUGUAAUCUGUAUAGUUCAUUGUUAAUAGUUGGUCCUUUUUUAAGAAUGAGAUUUUAUCAGUGUUGCUUUAUGAAAAAAGGGUACACCUUGUCAAUAUUUCUAUUAUUUGUAUUACCCAUUGUAAGUGUAAUUAUGUUUGACUUUUACAAUUUGUAGUUGAGAAUAAUGACAAAUGAUGCCUGUAAAUGAAAUGUGUGUUGCACAAGUCCUCACAAUUUGUGGAAGAAACUAGAUGGGGUAGCUCUAAAUGAGUUUUGUGUGGACCAGAAAGUCUAAAUGUACAAAAAAUUAUUUCAUGAUCCUAUUUAUUUUUAAGAUAAUUAGUUACUGCAAGAUAGGACUGCAAUGUAUUUUUAUCAAAAAGCUUUUCAGUGCAUUUUGGAAACAUCUUGGGACAGGACAGAUUUGUUUUUCAUUUGUUUUUAAAUGUUUUGUUUGUUUAUUUGGUCGCCGCUCUCAUCCUGAGGUAGCUAAACUGCAUUUAGAAUAUAUUCCUAAAGAAUGAAAUUUUGAGAGCUUUUGAUGCAUGUGAUAUUUUACCUAAUAAAGACUAUUGGUUUUUUAUUUAAA